AUGACACGACGAUUACCGGAGGACCUAAACAAGGAAGUCUGUCGCGUGGCUACCUUUACGGGGUGGCCAGUGAGCUUCAUCAGCCCUAGUGAGCUGGCUCGGUACGGGUUCUACUACACCGGUUCCGAGGACACGGUGAAGUGCAGUUUCUGUCGCAUCGAAAUCAGCAUGUGGGAGGAACACGACAACGUGAUCGAGGAGCAUCUUCGAUGGUCACCUCGUUGUCCACUGCUAAUGAAACUUCGGACCGAAAAUGUGCCGAUCAAUCCGAACUUCCUCGACAAUGUACCGGACCCCGUUAGCGAUGUUUGUGGUACCGGCAUGCGCCAUUCCCACAACUCUAGCACCCUGUUUCAACACAACGAUUGGUUGGCAGACAGUCAACGAUCAUUCCACCAACGGCUGGCACAUCCCAAUUAUGCGAUCGACGCCAACAGGCUUAGCUCGUUCAAAUGUUGGCCAAAAUCGAUUCGUCAAAAGCCACAGCAGCUGAGCGAUGCCGGUUUCUUUUACACCGGCUCCGGGGACUGUGUUGUAUGCUUUAGCUGCGGCGGAGGCCUCAACGAUUGGAAGCAAGACGAUGAACCGUGGGAUGAGCAUGCAAUACACUACCGCUACUGUAAGUACGUGGAGCUGAUCAAGGGCCGUGAUUUUUGGAAAACCUGUAAAAGGAUAUCCGACAAUCCGGAGCCAGGCACAUCCGGCCUCAGGUUAUUACCCGAGCCGACGAGCCACUCGUCCCCUAGUGGGGAUGCUGAACGCCCACCGACGGUGGAAGGCGACCGAAAGGAUGAUGAAGUGAUUGAAGAUGAAAAGCUAUGCAAAGUUUGUUUCAUUAACGAGUAUAAUACGGUGUAUCUACCCUGCGGUCAUGUCGUGGCGUGUUCCAAAUGUGCACUAGCCGUUGCCAAAUGUCCGCUAUGCCAACAACCAUACACCGACAUACAAAGAGUGUACUUAGCUUAA